AAUACAUUGCAAUUUUCAUUUGUUUCUUCGUUAUUGAACAUAAGCAACUCUUAAGGAAGUAUUAAAGAUUGUAUUAAAAAUAAAAAAUUAUCCGUUACGAGAGAUAAAUAGAAAGAAAUAUUAUAUAUACAUAUAUAGAUUAUUUUCUUCGUAUCUCUUUUUCUUAAUUUUGCAAAAGUUCAUUUCAAAUGUCAUUUCGAGUAGUAUAUCUGAAGAGUGAUAAUUAUGUGCGACAUAAAAAUACGCAGUCCAUAAGAUUAGUUCAGUCGCCCGUGAACGAUGUAGAAGUUAUUAUAGAUGUAUACGCUUAUUUCCGUUUAUAUUUUUCCUUUUUUCUUUUUUUUUUUUUGCCAAUAAUAAUUACUAGUUAAAUUUAGCGUUAUCAGAUUGUGAGAGGAAAAAAAAAAAAAGAAAAAAAUCAAAUAAUAAUGCGAAUGGAAAAAGUAAUGUGGUUGUUGAGGUUAGUUUAGAUUAGAAACAGGUCGAUAUAUUUUAUUAUAAAACAUAACUCUUGUCACGUGUAUAUCCAGAAUCGUAGUGGGAAUAAAGUAAAAUAUAAUUGUCUGAAUUUAACAGCGUGAUAUAUUGUUAAGUUUUUGUUUAUUUACAAGUGAACGUUAAUCAUUAUAACGAUGGAUUUAUCAAUGGUACCAUUAACGGCCCUAUCCAUAAGAACUAAAAAUACUAUUUCUAACCUAUUAAAUCCUACAAAAUUUCUUCCAUGCGAUAAUGGUUUACCCAGAGAUUGGAGAGGUCUAGCACAUUUAGCAAAUAUAGAAGGUGAACUUUUACCUUUGGUGUCGUCUCAUUCUGAUCAAACUAUGUUUAUUCUAAACACUGUUAUAAAAAGAAAAAGUAAUGAUGAUAUUGCAAACUUACUACAUAUGUUAUCUACACUAGAAAGAUGGGAUAUUAUUGAUGAUAUUCAACAAUUCAUCGAUGAGGAUAUUAAAAAAUAUUUAGAAUGUUUGGAAAAAUCUCAAAUAACAAUUGAAGCGAUCGAGGAAAAUGUCGAUACUAAAAUAUUAACAGUAGAUGAUAUUUAUAGAAUUAAACAAGGUUUAGAAAAUCAGAGAUAUGAUGCUUUUGUAUUGUAUGCGAAUGAAGAUAUUGACUUUGCAAAUGAAAUGAUAGAUCAGCUUGAAAAAUUCAACAUAAAACUUUGUGUAAAGGAUCGAGAUUUAAUAGGAGGUAUUAGUUUUGAACAUGAGGCUGUGAUGACUCUUAUAUCAGAGCGUUGUAAUAGAAUGAUCAUAAUAAUAUCUCCUAAUUUUUUUAAGAGUUCUGCAAACGAGUUUUUUUUGAAUUAUGCUCAAGCUGUAAGCAUUGAUAAGCGUCAGAGGAAAAUUAUACCUUGUUUAUACAAACAGUGUGUACUACCGAUUCAACUUAGGUAUAUGUGUAUUCUUGAUUAUACUCGAGUCGGUUUAUAUGAUUUUUGGGGACGAUUAAGAGAUUCCAUCCAGGUUUCAAAUACAUUACAUAAUGAAAAUAUAAAGGAGCAAAAACUAUUAAAAAUAACAUUAAAACAAGAAACUAAAAAAGAAAGUCAUGAAACCAUUCCUUAUUUGCCGUCUCUGGAUAAUUUAAGUACAUUAGAUAUUACAACAGAUUCAACGGAUAUAAGCCAAGAUAAAUCUAAAGAAAAUAAGUCCAAGAAGAAAAGAUUUAAAAAAAUUAAGACAAUUAAAAAGAUGCUGUUAAAGUCAUGAGAGAUAAAAUAUCUUUCAAUAAUUAUGUAAAAAUUCAUUUAUAUAAUGUACAUAUGUAAAUAUGCAAAUCUGUGACUAUAUAUAUAUAUAUAUAUAUAUAUAUUUAUAUACAUACAUGUGUGUAUGUGUGUAUAUAGAAUAUUUUACUUGACUUGGAUACUUCAAGUGUCUCACGCUGCUUUUGACGAUAGAAUACAAUGUAAAUAAAAGAAGUAUUUUUCUGUAAUAUCUAUACUUCAAUUUUAUACCUCAUAUUAGAAAAUUUACAACUUUAUAUUCAUAGUAAAUUAAUAUUUAUUGUUUAUAAUACUAUUUCUUUAAUAUUUAAAAAACCAAGAACUAUAAAAUAUAUAUUUUUAAGAGAAUUAAUAUUAUACUCUUGCAAUUAAUAUCCUAAUGCAAUUAAUAUUGUUCUUUCCUCUUCUUUCUCCACCGCCUCCUCUUCUUUUUCUUCUCUUCGUCCUGCGACUUUACUUCUUCUUCUGUAUGUUCUCGACGCGAGAUUGCGAGGACUACGUCUACGUUCUUGACGACCGAAAUUUUCAUGACUUCGUUGACGGCGAUAAUGGCUAUUAUCUUUGUUCUGCUUUUGACUUAGACGAUAGACCCAUUUAUGAACGUUUUUAACAUUCUGCUGGACCGUUAUUUAAUUAAAUUAUUUUUACAAGUAAUCAAUCCACAAGUUUGCUUUCACAAAUCCAAGUAAUAGUUUACAACGAAUAUCGUCGAUAUAAUAAUCUUUUGUUUUACUAAUCAUCGAUAAAAAAAUAAUUUUCAAUUUAUCCACCAUCAAAUUCGAGUCUUAUCGACCGCCAGUAAUAUCGAUAUAUUUUACUAUCGAUCAAUUUUAUUAAGGCAAUUAUUUGUAUUAUAUAUUCCAAUAGAGUUAAUCAAAUAUGAAUACUACUAAUUAUUAUUAUUAAUCAAUACUAUUUAGAAAAGAUUUGACCAUAUAAGCGUCAUCCGACUGUAGGCACCUAAUGUACUAUUGUUUAAAUAUUAUUUUAUCCAACUCCGCAUAUUAUUUAAAUAAAUAUAAAAUUAUCGAAAGUAUUAAUUUUCAAAUAUUCACGUUUAAAAAGAGAAAGAGAGAGAGAGAGAGAGAGAGAGCUUCGAUGUUUACUCGUUGGAAUACAGAAUAAAACUGAUGCGUUAAUCGUCAAAGUCAAUCAAAGGUUUGUUUAUGUUGAUAUUAGAUGAAAGUAACGACUUCAAAUUCAAAAUUUAAUCGUAUUGAAAUAUUAAAUAAAAACUAUUUUAUAUUUGAGGAGUAUUCCGUGCUUUGUAACGUUUAAGCGAAUGUACUAUUGUUUAAAUAUUAAUUUAUUCAACUUCGCUAUCAGGUUUACUUCUCGAAAUACGAAACAUAAAUAAAUCAAAAAUCGUAAAUGUCAUUGAUAUACUUGUUUUUGUUUCUUUUUUUAUAAAAUUUAUCUUGACACAAUGAUAUAAUAUUUAAUAAUAAUACGAAUAAUUUUAAUAUUUAAUGGAUGUUAAGGUUAUUAGCUUUGUAAUGUUUAAACUAUUACACGAUUGUUAAUUUAAAUGUUAAUUAUACUCUGUUUCCACAUAUACAUUUUAUAUUGUUAAAGUGAAGAAAUAUAUAUAUAUAUAUAUAUAUUUCUCUUCUAUUUCGUUUUUUUAUAAUUAUACUUAUUAUUAUAUUUUGAUAUUAUAUAUCGUUAUUACAAUAUCAGUAGUAGUAGUAGUAGUAAUAAUAUUAAUACUAAGAUGGACUACUCUUAUAUUGUAAACCAGAAAAAAAAAGAAAGAAGAAAAGAAAAAUAACGCUGGAAUUUCUAUUUGAUAUAGAUGAUGUGGAAACAAAAACUCGCAUUUUGAUAUUAUUAUAAAACCUAGGGUUUGAUGAACGGCCUUAAUGCAUAAAUAUUAUCACAAAAUGGUUUUAUGAUGUAUAUCUAUAUAUUUUUCUUUUUAUUAAAAAAUAGCAAUACAAAAUCUUCUUUAUUUUAUUUUCAAUACAACAUUUCGACUUCGAGCAUCGAUUAGCGUUUUCGUCCGAAACAAACAAUAAUAAUAGAUCAAUAUGAUAUACUCGUUGCUUAUCAAAAUAUUAGAUUAUCAUAUAAAAAUAUCAUGCUGCACUAUUAUAAAACGCUUUCCUCUUCUUCGUACGCAAUAUUAUCAUUUAUCAUUAUCAUUAUUAUCAUAUCAUCAUCAUCAUCAUCAUCAUCAUCAUCAACAUUAUUAUCAACACCACCAUCAUCAUCAUUAUUAUUAUAA